CAGGAUGGGCGACGACUCCAAGGAUUUGACGACGGCGAUCAUGAACAAGAAGCGGUCCCCGAACCGCCUGCUCGUCGACGAGGCGACGAACGACGACAACAGCGUCAUCGCGCUGUCGACGGCCAAGAUGGAGGAGCUCCAGCUCUUCCGGGGCGACACGGUGCUCAUCAAGGGCAAGAAGGGCCACGAGACGGUGUGCAUCGUGCUCACGGACGAGACCUGCGACGACGCGAACGUGCGCAUGAACAAGGUCGUGCGGAAGAACCUCCGCGUGCGCCUCGGCGACCUCGUGACCGUGAACGCGUGCGGCGACGUGCCCUACGGCAAGCGCGUCCACGUGCUGCCCCUCGACGACACCAUCGAGGGCGUCACGGGCAACCUCUUCGACGUCUACCUCAAGCCCUACUUCCUCGAGGCGUACCGGCCCGUGCGCAAGGGCGACCUCUUCCUCGUGCGCCAGGCGAUGCACCCCGUGGAGUUCAAGGUCGUCGAGACGGACCCGGCGCCCCAGUGCAUCGUCGCGCCGGACACGGUCAUCCACUGCGAGGGCGAGCCCAUCAAGCGCGAGGACGAGGAGCGGCUCGACGACGUCGGCUACGACGACAUCGGCGGCUGCCGGAAGCAGAUGGCCCAGAUCCGCGAGAUGAUCGAGCUGCCCCUGCGCCACCCGACGCUCUUCAAGACCUUGGGCGUGAAGCCGCCGCGGGGCGUGCUCCUCUACGGCCCGCCGGGCAGCGGCAAGACGCUCAUCGCGCGCGCCGUCGCGAACGAGACGGGCGCGUUCUUCUUCCUCAUCAACGGGCCCGAGAUCAUGUCGAAGAUGGCCGGCGAGUCGGAGUCGAAUCUCCGGAAGGCCUUCGAGGAGGCGGAGAAGAACUCGCCGGCGAUCAUCUUCAUCGACGAGAUCGACUCCAUCGCGCCGAAGCGCGACAAGACGAACGGCGAGGUCGAGCGCCGCAUCGUCUCCCAGCUCCUCACGCUCAUGGACGGCCUCAAGCAGCGCGCCCACGUCGUCGUCAUCGGCGCGACGAACCGCCCCAACUCCAUGGACCCGGCGCUCCGCCGCUUCGGCCGCUUCGACCGCGAGAUCGACAUCGGCGUGCCCGACGAGAACGGCCGCCUCGAGAUCUUCCGCAUCCACACGCGCAACAUGAAGCUCGACGACGACGUCGACCCGGAGUCCAUCGCGCGCGACACGCACGGCUUCGUCGGCGCGGACAUGGCCGCGCUCUGCACCGAGGCGGCGAUGCAGUGCAUCCGCGAGAAGAUGGACCUCAUCGACAUCGACGAGGAGACCAUCGACGCCGAGGUGUUGGAUUCCAUGGCCGUGACCCAGGACCACUUCAAGUACGCGCUCGGCGUGUCCAAUCCUUCUUCCCUCCGCGAGACCGUCGUCGAGGUGCCCAACGUGACCUGGGACGACAUCGGCGGGCUCCAGGACGUGAAGCGCGAGCUCAAGGAGCUCGUCCAGUACCCCGUGGAGCACCCGGAGAAGUUCGAGAAAUUCGGCAUGAACCCGUCGCGCGGCGUGCUCUUCUACGGCCCGCCGGGCUGCGGCAAGACGCUCAUGGCCAAGGCCGUCGCCAACGAGUGCCAGGCGAACUUCAUCUCCGUCAAGGGCCCCGAGCUCCUGACCAUGUGGUUCGGCGAGUCGGAGGCGAACGUGCGCGACCUCUUCGAGAAGGCGCGCGCGGCGGCGCCGUGCGUGCUCUUCUUCGACGAGCUCGACUCCAUCGCGGGCCAGCGCGGCGGGUCCUCCGGCGACGGCGGCGGCGCGGCGGACCGCGUCAUCAACCAGCUCCUCACGGAGAUCGACGGCGUCGGGUCGAAGAAGAACGUCUUCGUCAUCGGCGCGACGAACCGCCCCGACAUCAUCGACGCGGCGCUCAUGCGCCCGGGCCGCCUCGACCAGCUCAUCUACAUCCCCAUGCCCGACCUCGAGUCGCGCCUGUCCAUCCUCAAGGCGACGCUCCGCAAGUCGCCCAUCUCGACGGACGUCGAUCUGGAUUUCCUCGCCGCGAACACGGAGAAGUACACGGGCGCGGAUUUGACGGAGAUCUGCCAGCGCGCGGCCAAGCUCGCGAUCCGCGAGAACAUCGAGCGCGACAUCGAGCGCGAGAAGCUCCGCGAGGAGAACGAGGACGCCAUGGACGACGUCGACGAGCCCGACCCCGUGCCGGAGAUCACGCCGAGCCACUUUGAGGAGGCCGUCCGCUGCUCGCGCCGCUCCGUGAGCGACCGCGACCUCGCCCAGUACUCGUCCUUCGCCACGACGCUCCACCAGCAGCGCUCCCAGAUCGGCAACACGUCCUUCGCCUUCCCCAACGCCGCGCCGGGCGCCGCGCCCGCCGCGGCCGGCGGCGGCUUCGCGGCCGCGGCCGACGACGACGAGGAGGACCUCUACUCCUAGGCGCCCCCGCGCGCGCGCCGCUCCCCCGAACGCGCGAUCCCGACUAAUGUAGCGCGACAAGCAGCACCAUCG